AAACGACGUCGUGUAGUAAAUUCGACCGCGUGCCAAACACGGCCUAAUUAGAUAUCGCUGUAGUUGAGAAACUGUUAAAAGAGAGGUAGCAGAAGUGCGAGUAUAGCAGCAGCAGUAGAAGAUAAUAAUGGUGAUAACGGUCAGAGGAGAUUUGUCGCCUUGCUUCAACCUCUCAACGCUAUCUCAUCUCAAUCACAAACCCUGUACAAGGCUGAAGAACUCGACUUGCAAAGCCUCCUUCUCUGUCCAGAGAAAAUACAGUAGUAGCAGUACCAAACCAUCUAAUCUUGGUCUUUUCUCCAACAGCUGUGAAGGCUCGGUAUUUGAUCCUUUGGGCGUCAAUCCGGAUCUAUCCUGUGGUCUGAAUUUUGCAUGGGAAGGUUUCUUAGCCUUGUUAUCACCAACAUUUGAGAGUGCCUCAAGUACAAAAAAAGAUAAAUCUUCUUCAACUCGAGGAGUGGCAGCUGCAAUUGAGGACAGUUCCAUUGAUUUUGGAGACUUCUUCAAAGGCCCAUUACCAGGGAAGUUUCUCAAGCUCUUGGGGUAUUUGGCCCUUUCUCGACUAGGAGUAUAUGUGCCUCUUGGAGGGGUAAAUCGAGAGGCUUUCACUGGAAAUUUGGAUCAAAAUAGUUUAUUGAGCACUUUGGACUCAUUUUCUGGGGGUGGAAUUGGUAGACUUGGAAUAUGCUCCCUUGGUAUAGUUCCCUUUAUCAAUGCGCAGAUUGUGUUUCAGCUUCUUGCCCAAAUCUAUCCCAAGUUGCAAGACCUUCAGAAAAGAGAAGGUGAAGCAGGAAGAAAAAAGAUUCUUCAGUAUACGCGAUAUGCAUCAGUUGGGUUUGCCAUAGUGCAGGCAAUUGGCCAAGUACUUUACCUCCGACCCUAUGUCAAUGACUUUAGUACAGAAUGGGUUCUCUCAUCUGUUACUCUAUUGACUUUUGGUGCUGUAUUCACUACAUUCAUUGGUGAACGGAUCUCUGAUCUAAAACUUGGAAAUGGAACAUCUCUUUUGAUAUUUACAAACAUUCUCUCGUACUUUCCUGCGUCCAUUGGUAGGACAGUUGCACAGGCAUUUCAGGAGGGUAACUACAUCGGGCUUGCUACCAUUAUUAUCUCAUUCUUCCUAUUGGUCCUCUGCAUUGUAUAUGUCCAGGAGGCAGAGAGGAAAAUUCCACUCAACUAUGCUUCCAGGUACACGAGCCAAUCAGGAGGGCUUCAAAAGUCUGCUUACCUACCCUUUAAGGUUAAUAGUUCUGGAGUGAUGCCAAUCAUAUUUUCAACAUCAUCUUUGGCUCUUCCCGGCACUCUAGCACGAUUUACAGGUAUAGCUGCACUGAAGAAGGCUGCAGUGUCUCUAAACCCAGGAGGUCCUUUUUAUCUCCCUACCAACAUUCUAUUGAUAGCCUUCUUCAACUACUACUACACUUUCCUACAAUUGGACCCUGAUGAUGUGAGUGAACAGUUGAAGCGCCAAGGUGCAUCAAUUCCACUAGUUCGGCCUGGAAAAAGUACAGCUGCAUUUAUUAAAGCGGUGCUCAGUCGGAUAUCUGUUCUGGGUUCAGCGUUUUUGGCAAUUCUGGCUGCUGGACCUGCUGUAAUUGAACAAACUACCCACCUGACAGCAUUCCGAGGUUUUGCUGGAACAUCUGUUCUCAUUCUUGUUGGAUGUGCGACUGACACAGCAAGAAAAGUUCAAGCAGAAAUAAUCUCCCAAAAGUACAAGAGCAUUGAGCUUUAUGACAUCGAUCGAUAUGGCCCUUGAACAUGCUUUGGAUGAUGAAGAGAGAGACCGCAGCAACGGCUGUACUUUUACCUUAUUGUAAACUCAAGUUUCAUGCAUUUGUUAUGUUGGUUGCUAGAAGAACUUGUACAUAACAUCGCUAUGCGCACGAACUUUCUACACUUCAAUGUCUAUGAAGAUACCUGGAAAACAUAUUAUUCUCCGACUCUGUAGAUCAUUUGUGCAGUUGAAUGGAAAAUUCUGGGGACAGGUUUUUGUUCA